AGUGUCAGAAUUAUGGCGACGGGAAAAGAACACGAGCUACAAAAAGUCAGUGACUCCUUUGGAGCACUGCGAAGGAGGGCCAAAGAACUAGGAAUUAAAGAUUCGCAGCUGACGAAAUUAACAUCUGUGAGGAACCUCCGUAAGAGACGAUCAACUUGUCUUGUUUUUACCAGCUUUGUCUUUGGUUUGGUGGGAAUAUUGACAGGAUUCGGAUUGAUAUUUUAUCAACAAGGCUUGCUUUCGAAUCAAUCUCUGUGGAAAGUUGCCGAGUAUGUCUUGGAUUUUGACAUCGAGAAAGACUUUUGUGUCAUUCCGUACCCUGAGAUAAUUUUGGACAUGUUUCGUCCGCCCGUAGAAUGCGCCAUUUGCGAAGACGUGCACCAAGUCGAUAGAGUUUCGUUGCUCUCAAGAGAGGAAUUCGUUCGAAAAUAUGCUUACACCUCGAGACCGGUGGUCAUCACAGACGGAACAAAGGAUUGGACUGCUUCUCAACAUUUUAGUUUCGAUUAUUUUAAGUCAAUUUACGGUCCUGAAAGCCCAGUUUUGUUGUCAGAAGAUCAGAAGUGUCAAUUCUUUCCCUACAAGACAAACUUUAAGUCCCUCCAAGAAGUUUUCAACAUGUCUAAAGAGGAUGCAAAUAUGAAGGGAAAUCCAUGGUAUAUCGGAUGGUCUAACUGUGACUCCUCAGCUGCUAAUGAACUUCGUAAACAUUACAAAAUGCCAUAUUUUCUGCCCGAGACUUCAGAAUCAAGCAAGACUGAUUGGUUGUUCAUGGGCUGCCCAGGAUAUGGUGCUCAUUUACAUAUUGACAAUGUAGGGAACCCUUCCUGGCAAGCUCAAAUUAAGGGAACCAAAAAGUGGACUUUGGAGCCCCCACCGGAAUGUGCCAAUGUUUGUGAUCCAAAGCUUGAGGUGACAGUUAACUCAGGAGAAAUAAUUGUUUUGGACACAAACAAGUGGUUUCACCAGACGGACAUUGUUGGCAAGGAACUAAGCAUAACUAUUGGGUCUGAAUAUGACUAAAUGCUCUAUUUUAAACACUGAAUACAAAUAUGGCAGACUAAUUGGUGCGUGGGUUAAGUUC